UUUGAAAAACGGAGCACUUACCAAGCGGUUUGUAACUGAAAGAAAUAAAAAUAAAAAAAAAAUUCAAAAUAAAUAUUGAAUGUGUUCAAUGAAACAGUUAAAAUAUAAAUGUUGAAUGUUUAAAGAAAAUAAUCAGAACAUUAUUAGAAAAAAUAUAUUUAUGAAGAAAACAAAUUGAAACGCAAUAAACCCAGUGACCAUAUGAAUAAAGUAACUUAAUCAAAUUUUUGUAUAAAUGAGCAAAAAGUGAUUAUUGUGCAUUGCAUACAAUCAAAAAACAAAAAAAGAUAGAAAGAAAAUUUAAUAAAAAUUAGAAAAAAGAAUUUUCAUAUAGCCAAUAUCAAUUGAAACUUUAAGUGAAAAUGCGUCCCUUCGGUAACGAUAUUACCAAUAUUGCCAAUAAUGGCAAUAACGGCAACAACAACAAUAAUAACAACAACAAUGGAAAUAACAAUAACAACACAAAUGGAAACUUGGUACUCGAUCAACCCAUGGUUGAAGAUCCCCGUGUACCCCCUCACAUAGCCAGAAUUGGUGGAAUUGUUACAUUCUCCCCCAUAGCUGGUCGUGGUGUUAUUCGAGUGGUCGGUCGUUGCGAGGAUGCCAAGGAGAAUAAUAUGUUAGAUUUAUCGGAAUGUGAACUUAUGCAAAUACCUGAUGCUGUCUAUCAUUUGAUGCGCAACACAGAAUUGAAAACUUGUGAUCUCAGCGGAAAUGUGAUUAAGAAGAUUUCGCCUAAGUUUGCAUUAAAAUUCAGUUUAAUAACAGAUCUUAAUUUGUCACACAAUCACUUGUCCAAACUGCCCGAUGAAUUGGCAGAUUUAAAUAAUUUGGCCAAACUGAAUAUCUCACAUAACUCAUUUAUUGUUUUACCACCGGUGGUAUUUAGGAUUCCUAAACUAAAAGAAUUAGAUGCCAGCCACAAUGCCAUAAUUGAAAUCGAUACCGAUGAAAUUAUUACCAGUGAUAACUUAGAAUUAGUAGAUUUACGUCACAAUCCUUUGGGUCGUACCUGUCAUCGCAGACUAAAAAAUGUCCAGACGCCUUUCCGUUUGGAAAUUUCAGAAUAUAAUGAAGAAGAAGACUGGUAAAAGCCUAUGUUGCAGCAACAUUGUAAAUUAUUGUGGACAAACAAAUUAGAAUCUACUAUAUACUACAUAUUUAUCUCGAUUUUAAGGAGGCAUUAUCAUUAUGGCACACUUACUCAUGAACAAAAGCACCUUGCACUUUUUCUAUAAAUGCAUACGAAAUCAUUUAACAAGUAAACAAAUAAGACGACAAUAAUAACGAACUCAUUUUCUGUAGUAUUUAAGAAUUUAUAGAUUUAAGAUGAAAAACAAACUGAAACCAAAACACUUGCCGAAAAAACAAACAAAUUAUGCGUUAAAGAUUAUAUGAAGAAAUUGUAGGUGAUGAGGAAGAGUAGAAAGUGUUAUUGAAAAUGGUAGCUAUGAAGUUUAUCAUAUCUAGAAAAGUAUGUUGUAAUCAGCAUACAAUGUUUGCUGCUGCUUUUAACAGGAAGACUAACCACUUUGAAAGUAAAAUAUUUGCAGUAUAUUUUCCCGGAAAAAAAGAAGAUGGUAAUUUUUCAAAUUUGUAAUUAGAACUACCAUGAAGAAUUAAUGGAUGUAUUAAAUAUAUAUUUGUUCCCCGAAAACAGAGGCAUAAUUCUAAAGAAACUAUUCUAUAGACAAAUGCUGCAAACGUUCUACAUCAAAAUUUAAAAUUUUCAUACAGCAGCAAACAUUGUUCUUUUCUGGUCUACAAAAUACCUUUUAUGAAAACCAAAAUGAAAUUUAGCCAAUUUACAAUACUUAAUGGAUAUGCCAAUUGCACAUAUUUAGAUUAUUAUUAUAUGACAUUUUUAUCUGUCAAAAUUUAAUGCUAGUUUCAAAAUGUAUUAGUUUGAAUUCAAUGCUUUAGAGAUACAUAAAGAUUGAACAAAUUUUAUAACAUCAUGCAAUGUUAAUAAUAAUGGGAUACAAUUCUUAUCACUAGCUAGACGCACACAAAGUAUUUCGAAUACUCUUAAACACUUCAUUUAAUAGAAAUGUUUCCCGCCCACAAUUAUCUUCAACUAUACAAAUAUGGUAUUGUAAAUGUGUUUUAUUAGAUUUAAGAUUAAAAACAAAAUCAAACUAUAUACUAGAAAAACAAAUAUCCAAAGAAAACUAUUUACUAACACAUUUAUACUCAUACAAAAUUCCUUUGUGUAUAAAGGAAAACUAGCGCUUAACUAUUGCAAUAAGUUUUUAUAUAAUUAUUUUUAUGUUUAGUAAACUGUGAUUGUCAUAUAAAUUAGAGAAAAAUGUUAAUGUUUUAUUUUAGUUCUUUUUUAAUUGUUUGUAUAUAUUUUUUUUUAAAACGAGAAAGUAAUUACGAUCUACGUAUUUCUAUAAACUUUUAUCACUUACUAGUCAUCAGUCCUUGUGCAUAUGUUUAAAAAAGUUUAUUAAAAGAUCUUAGUGUUUGACUAUGCUGCCUAUCCUCA